AUGGUGCAUUUCUCGGCUUCCGGUCCGGUCGUUUGCAUGAGGUGCUGCUUGGGCACGCCGGAGUGCAAUUCCACCAGCAAUCCUUGUGCCGAGCUUCCCAUAGCUUGCACCAACAAGAUCACGCCUCAUCUCCAUCGCGAUUAUGACAUGAUCCCGAAACUAUUCGCCGCCAUCCAACCGCACAUGGCCGUCGAUUGCGGACUGCACACGAAGGACGGCAUACAAAUCCCAUCCGCUAUGUCCAUCGGAACGAAGCAAAACAUCGCCAUGUACUUCUACUCCUUCCAUCGCGUCUGCUCUUCCACUCCUUCCAUUUCCUUCGCCGCCCUGUUCUUGCACAACGCGACGCGAGGUGUACCGAACGGGCUGCUCAAGAGGAGCUUUUUUGUGACAGUAAGGAACUCGUCGAUCUCGACGGCCAUGACCAAGAACGUCCGCGCCAGCUACAUCCUCGGCAUCACCUUCAUCGCCGCUGUCGAGAAGAAGAAAUGGGGGCACCAGAACUGUUGGGGCUACCACAUCGCCGCCCUCUCCAACGACGUCACCAUCAUCGAACGCCUAUCAAAGACGCCCACCGUAGAAGCGAAUGAUCUCGCCUCUCGCCCUACCGCCGGUGCCGGCGCCUCUUCCAACUGCCCCGGCACGAACGAAAAACGGAAGGUUCCCUCAGGCGCGCGACGAAAGCGUAAAACCGCAAGGUCCGAUCCCCAUUCCGUCCCCGCGCCGACUCUUCUGGAGAAGAACCCGAAGAAGAGGAAACCAACGACGACUACCCCAACGACGAACAGGACCCCGGCUUUCCCCCCGGCGACGAAGGAGACGACAAAGAAGACAAAGACGUAGACGACGACGACACUGACAAUGGCGACAACCGCGGCAACGACGACAACGACGAUGCCGACUCCGAUGACGCCGCCUCCGACGACGGCUAUGACACCGAAUGGUGUCUCCGUUUAUCUGCCUUCCUUUGUUCGUUUUUUUGCCCUGAAGUCGGCCACCCCUCUGCAUCACAGUGUCCGCUUCGGUCUUUCCCGGCGUAUGUUUUGCGUGUUUGUUCGCUGUUGCUUUCGCGUGUCUUCGGCUGUCCUUUCUUGAGUACUUUUUGAUUGUGUCCAUCUUGAGUGCUUUUCUACGAAUCUUCAUUCCAAACGAUCGUUGAGAGUACUUU